GGAUACGAAACAUCGCAAGAGAGCUCUGAUGGCGAUUCCGAGCGAUCAAGAAACCCUAGAGGGAGCCCCAGAGCCAUCUCUGGGGUCGGACCUCCAAUCUUCUCGCCGGCGGAGGCUCCACUCCGCCGCCGCGGCCGUAGUGGUGCAGGAGGACUCCUCCAAGACGAGCUUGCCGAGCGCCGAGGACUCGAACACCGAUUCCGGUGAGGACUCCGGCGUGGACACGAGCUCGGAUGCCGAUACGAGGGAUCGCGUGGUGGACGGGGUGGAUCGGGAGGAGGGGGAGGAGAAGGCGGGCUCGGUCUUGAACGGUGAGAAGUACGAUGAUGGUGCGGGAAGGGCCGAGGGCCAAGAAGCCGGGGUUGGUGUUCCGGCGAAGUUCUUGUACCGGGCGUCUGCUCCCGCUCACCAGAAAGUGAAGGAGAGCCCACUCAGUUCUGAUGCUAUUUUCAAACAGAGUCAUGCAGGUCUUUUCAACCUCUGCAUAGUAGUCCUUAUUGCAGUGAACGGCAGGCUUAUUAUUGAGAACUUGAUGAAGUAUGGCCUAUUAAUUAGAGCUGGAUAUUGGUUCAGUUCAAAAUCACUCACAGAUUGGCCACUCCUGAUGUGUUGCCUCACGCUCUCUGCUUUUCCUCUUGGUGCUUUCAUGGUUGAAAAGCUGGCCCGGCACAAAUUCAUUUCAUGGGCUUCAUCAUUGAGCAAUACAUAAACCCAAUUGUCCAGAAUUCUCAACAUCCACUGAAAGGGAACUUUUUGAAUGCUGUAGAGAGAGUCUUGAAGCUAUCAGUACCAACUUUAUAUGUGUGGCUUUGUAUGUUCUAUUGCUUUUUCCAUCUAUGGUUGAAUAUUCUUGCUGAGCUUCUUCGUUUUGGUGAUCGUGAGUUUUAUAAAGAUUGGUGGAAUGCAAAAACAGUUGAAGAGUACUGGAGAAUGUGGAACAUGCCUGUCCAUAGAUGGAUGAUUCGUCACGUAUAUUUUCCGUGCUUACGUAAUGGCUCAUCAAAGGUUGUUGCUAUUUUGAUUGCUUUUCUCCUUUCUGCUUUAUUCCACGAGAUAUGCAUUGCUGUUCCCUGCCAUAUAUUCAAAUUUUGGGCAUUCAUAGGGAUAAUGUUUCAGAUUCCCCUUGUCAUCCUGACGAAGUAUCUCCAGUGUAAAUUCAGAAACAGUAUGGUGGGGAACAUGACCUUUUGGUUCUUCUUCAGCAUUCUUGGGCAGCCCAUGUGCGUCCUCCUAUACUUCCACGACGUGAUGAACAGGAAGGUGAGGUCCGAGUAGACUAUUGCAGUUUGCCACUAUAGCAUUGUGCCAUGCCGCGGGAACCACCGAGCCAGGGUACUUUAAGCACGGAAGCAGCAGAUAUCACACCAUUGUCCAUCCUGCUUCCCGCGGUGGUACCAUGCACUAUCCUUACCUCAAGAUACGAUAUUUCAUUCGGAUAGCUGCUGCUGCGCACCUGUCAUUCAUCUCCGGUAAUAAGCGCCUUAGACUCUCUUUCGGAACGUGAUAGGACGCCAUGAUAUUAAAGCCGAAGCGAGAGCUGUUUUAGUGGAAACCCAACCAGGCGGCUGGGUGUAACCUAUUAGACUUCCGUAUUAAUUCCACGCCUCAGGGCGGCAUAACCUUUUAUUAUUAUUAUUAUUAUUAUUAUUAUUAUUAUUAUUAUUAUUAUUAUUAUUAUUAUUAUUUAUUUAUUUAUUUUGUAGUGUAUAAAUGUUCUGUAAUAUAGCUUCAUACACAAAUCGUGAGUUAGGAAAUCCUGUAGCAGGAGCAUGUUGUCUUCUAUUUGCCUUGUGUAGCGUCAAGAACUGGGAUCCUCUUUGGCAUUGUUGUUUUUUAUUUUUAUUUAACAACAAAUUAGUAGAAUACCACAUGGCAAUUUAUGUUGAAUACAGCAUCUGUACAAAUUAGUGGUAUUAUAUUUUUUUCAAAGUCUUAAUAAUAGCAUGCCCACUGAAUAACAUUAAGGGCUCGUUUGUAUA